AUGAAUUCCUCGGAAUUUUCAUUGGCGUUCCAGAAUCAGGUCUCUCAACGUUUCCAAGCUCUUAUAUGGGCGUGUCUUGACUCCGACCUCACAAGGUCCGCUGUUUUCUACGCGGAGAGAUAUUUCGCCAUUCAUACCGCUACUCAUGACGCUCGCCACCUCUAUGCUACAGCCUUGCUUCGCGAAGGGCAGACUUAUUCCGCACUGGCUAUAGUCAACAUCGCUCGGCAGCAACAAUGUAGUGGCUGUCUUGAGCUCAAGGCGAAAUGUUGCACUGCUCUCGGGCGUUAUCGACAAGCGCGGGAAGCUUUGGAAGAGACAUUGCAGGAUCCUACGUACCGACCUUCAAGCUCAACGGCUCCCAGAACAGCGCGUCAGUUUCCUGAUGAUGCGGCCUUACAUUCCAGAGCCGGUACAAUGGCGUUGAAGGGGAACCUUCAGGAUAAAGCGGCGAUCAGUUUCCAGCAAGCAUUAUCUUUGAAUCCCUACAUUUGGGAAGCGUUUGAGGGACUCUGUUCUUUAGGUGUUGUUCCGGACAUCGACCAAUUAUUUCCUCCGCGGCCGAUUUCCACCCGGCGAGCAUUGCAAGAAGAACACAUACUUCCCAAGGCGUCCAUUCCUGUUGCUACUGGUGCAGCUUUCUUUACCCCAGAGGUGACUAAUACAGGAAAUCUGUUUCGCCCGUGGAAACCAGAGCCAAUCAUGCAAACUCAGCUAUUUCGAAUGGGUCCGCCAGGAUUGCCUAUGAACUCAAAUACUCAACCCGCUCCUGCCUUUGAUACCCUUCAACAGCAUCGACAUACACGAACGCAAUCUUCAACACAGGCUUCCUCCAGCCAGACUCAUUUUUCCCGCCCUCUUUCGUCCGCUGAUGAAGCUGGUCCCGUGCCCAAGAAACUUCGCUCCACCCGACAACCCGAGCCAUCAAAGCAUUCUAAAUCACUCAAACAAAAUGGGGACGACCCACAGAAAAAGGCACGCGCACGCCAGGGCUUUCAUUUUUCUAACCUCUUCUCAUCAUCGAGCCGUCGCUCUCAACAGUCAUCCCGAAUCAGCGCAGUGCCCGGAAAGAUUGGUAAUGCCACCUCAAAUGCUACACGCCGAAGCACUCGUCUGCUAAGCGGCACCGGUACCAAGCAGCCCAAGAUAGUGAUAUUCCAUGUUCAUCAGCCUUCCACUCGUGAUCGGCGGCGUCAACAGACACAUGGACGUUCCCAUUCAUUCGAGUCUGAUAGCGAAAACGAUGUAUACGUAGGGGAGGUUGGGUAUUCUCCUUCGCCGCCACCUAACGCACAUUCGCCUCGUUCAGAGAGGUCGCCAUCUCCUGGCCCUUGGACAAUUGCGACUCAAGAUGCCUACGAAGCAGAACUUGCAGAUAACUAUGUCUACGAUCUCAUGCGACGUUUUGCGAUUGCGACAAGGGCUCUAACAUUAUUUGACUCUGCAAGAUGUUUAGAUGAGUUAAUGCAAUUACCUGAAGAGCACCAGGAAACACCUUGGGUACUGUCGCUGAUUGGCCGGGCUCAUUAUGAAAAGGCCGAUUACGGUGCUGCGGAAAGAGCUUUUAAAGCACUUAGAACCUCCGAUCCAUAUCGUUUAUGGGAUAUGGAAGUAUACUCGACACUUCUUUGGUACCUUCAGAACCAUGUCGAGUUGUCUUUUUUGGCUCAAGAGCUACUAAAUAUCAAUCCCCGAUCGGCUCAAGCAUGGAUAGCGAUAGGCAACUUGUUUUCUCUACAGAAGGACCGACCGCAGGCGUUGACAUGUUUCAAACGAGCCGCUCAAAUGGACCCAUCAUGUGCUUAUGCGUUCACGCUCAGCGGACAUGAGUCGAUUGAUGAGGAUGUUGACAAGGCGAUCAGUUUUUUUCAGUCUGCAUUACGUGUCGAUCCUCGCCACUACAACGCAUGGUACGGGUUGGGUUCUUGCUAUUUGCGGAUGAGCAAAAUCAGACUCGCGGAAUAUCACUACCGAAAGGCUAACGCUAUUCAUCCAAAUAAUGCAGUCCUAUUGGGAUGUGUUGGGAUGGCAGUGGAACGGCGGGGCGAUCGAAAGACAGCCCUUCAAAUAUUUAAUGAAGCCAUCGACAUUUCACCUGAAAAUGCGCUGGUUCGUUAUCGGAGAGCCAAAAUACUUAUCUCCAUGAAGAAGUAUGAGGGAGCGAUUGAAGACCUAGAGUACCUUCGGAAGUCGACACCGGAAGAGUCAAACGUUGUGUUUCAGUUGGCCAGGGCAUAUCGCCUGGUUGGCGACGAGGUAAAGUCCGCACAGCUACUUGCGGCUGUGCGUGAUAUUGCGCCAAAAAACGUCAACAAGAUUAAGAAGCUGCUGGAGACAGUUAGGGACGAGAUGGAUGAUGACAAGAUGGAUGAGGGAUGA